CACCCCCUCCUCCUUCCCCUCAGCCCUCUCCUCCCCCUCCUCCCCCUCCAUCCUUGCCUCCCUUCGUUCCAUCGCCCCCUCCUCCGCCUCCACCUUCCUCCGCGGGGCUAUCAGGAGCGCGAGUGGGUCCAAGGGUCCCUCGGGGCCAGCGCAGGCGGCGGGGCCGGCGGUGUGUCGGCAGUACCGGCUGGACGUGCUGGCAGCGGCAACGGGCAUGUGGGCGGAGGCCAACAAGAUCGGCAGCGGGGGGUUCGGGGACGUGAACGAGAUGGCAUCGAAGCACCACCCACACCUGGUGCGGCUGCUGGGGUUCUGCAUCGACGUCAACAAGGCCACGGAGCAGACGGAGCAGAUCCUCAUCUAUGAGUUCAUGCCCAACGGCGACCUUGAGCGCUGGCUCGGCCCCGGACGUCCCUCCCCACAGCACCUCACUGCCUUUUCCUCCUCUUCCCCGCGUGUCGCUUUUGUUCCUUCCUUCCCUGCUGCAGCUGCCGCCCAGCCGCUCUCUCUGCUGCAGCGCGUGGAAGUGAUGAUCGGAGUGGCGGAGGGGCUGCAGUAUCUGCACAGCUUUGGCAUCGUGCAUCGCGACAUCAAGCCCGCCAACAUCCUGCUGGACUCCAACAUGCAGGUAUUGCUGAUGUGCACAGGUAUGGGUGAUGUGCACAGCUUUGGAGUGGUGAUGCUCACGAUCCUGACGGCACGCAAGGCCAUCUACAACUCGGACGACAACCAGAUCAACCUCAAGCAAUGGGUGGCACCAUUCAUAGCAGCCAACGACGGGGUGACCUUCAAGGACCCCUCUCUGGAAGCCCCACCAGACAUCAUCCUGCGCCUGGCACGCCUGGCUCUUUCCUGCACCGCCAUGCCCACUGUGCUCCGCCCCAACAUGAUCAAAGUGCUUGCUGCAUUGGAGGCUCUGCGCGAGGAGGUCUGCGGUGCUACCCGUAACCGGAUGGCGAAGCGGAUUGACAUGGAGAUUGAGGACAAGCAGGGGCACAACCUGGAGGAGGAGGUGGCGAAUGCGAUUAGAAUAGGGUCUAGCGGAGAUGAUGGAGAGAGAAGGAAACGCAGUGAGUGA